AUGGCAACACAAGCGGAUCCCUCCUCGCACGACCCGACCCCGGAGAACCACAAAAGACUUUCAACUCUUCUCAGAAGAUUCUUGGGCAGGAACAAUGCGCCUCUGACGCCAGAGGGUGUGACCGAAGCAUCGCAAGCCCUGCCACCCGAAACGACUGGCGGGGAUGAGAGCAACGUAUCGCGACCUUCGGCCAGGAGGGUUGUCCCUGGCCUUCCUCGAGCAAAGACCUUCAAGAGACAACAGUCGGAGCUCAGGGAACGGCUAGAGCUGAACAAGCCUACACAGGCCGAGCGAAGGGCAGUGUCCGUCGACCGAAGGGGCACACAUCUACCUCGUGAUGUCUCGGCAAGCAGAAGUCAACGUUUGCCUCGCGCAAGUGCGCCCGACUUUUUCGAUGAUGCCGGCUCCACUACGACGGCCGGAAAUGACCAGUCAGCACUGCAUAGUCCCAUGGAGGAGAAGCAAUUCUUGAAUGUGCCAGAUACAGGCAUUGUUCACGUUGAUCUGGCGGCGCAAAAGGAAUCAUCUGCAGCCCGGUUUCCUUCAAGAGAACCUUCUGCUGCUGAUGCGCGGUCUGUUACAACGUCGGCAUAUGACACUCAGAUUCGCGAUGAGCUGGAAAGCAAGUGGAUACUAAACCUUUCCAUGCACUUCAGAGACAAGUCUAGGAGGGAAAAGUUCUUUGUGACGUACAGAGAAAAAGAGUGCCUAUGGCGGCGGGUGACCAUAUCCCUAGACUAUCGAGACGCUCCAUCCGAUUCCUUAGAAGGAGAUCUUCAGGAUACAAAGUUCCAACGUGAGAAAAGCGCAAAGAUCUACGAAGCCAUUCGCGAGAGCCUUCAAGACAUUCAGUUCUAUGAUACCGUGACGAAUCUCAAGUUGCAGACCACCAAUGGCAGAUUGCAUGUUCACGUGGUUGAAGAUGUCAAUGAAAUCAUCCACUUUCCUGCCGUUCAAAUGGUUCAACAUCUGGGCUGUCGCCGUAUUCGAGAGAAAGACAUCAUCUUUGAUUCUCACAUGUCUGGUUUCGUCUACAAGGUCCAGGUUGAUGGUCGAACUUUGAUCAAGAAGGAGAUUCCCGGGCCCGAUACUAUAGAAGAGUUUCUCUACGAAGUGAACGCGCUAAAUUCUCUGAGAUUUUCCGCCAGUACCGUAUCAUUUUACGGAGUGGUUGUGGAUGACGGCGAUACUAGUGUCAAAGGCCUUCUCAUUGACUAUGCUGAGAAGGGUGCGCUUAUCGACAUCAUUUACGACGCCCAAGAGCAUGGCCCGGAUUUGCCCUGGAUAAUGCGAGAGAAAUGGGCGCGGCAAAUCGUUCAAGGUCUCUCAGACAUUCACGAAGCCGGAUUCGUGCAAGGCGAUUUUACUCUUUCUAAUAUUGUUAUUGACGAUGAUGAUAAUGCUAAGAUAAUAGACAUCAACAGACGAGGCUGCCCAGUUGGCUGGGAGCCUCCGGAGGCAACUCCACUUAUCAACAAUAAUCAGCGGAUUUCCAUGUAUAUUGGAGUCAAGUCUGAUUUAUAUCAGCUAGGAAUGGUUCUUUGGGCCUUGGCAAUGCUUGAAGAUGAGCCCGAGGCUCACCGGCGGCCGCUGCGAUUAGAUCCGGACAUCGAGGUACCAAGGUGGUACCGCAGGCUAGUGGACAAUUGCCUCAGCGAUAACCCACGCAUGCGCAAGCAGGCGACUGUGCUUCUCGACAUGUUUCCCAGUUCUUCGUAUGAAAAUCACGACCAACACGAGCCACCUUCUAUUUCUGUGGAUGAUGGUCUAUCGAUUCAGCAGUACAGAGUGGAAGAACACGAGCGUAGCGGCCACCCAAUUAUCAGAACGGUGACACCACAAAGCGAUGCGUAUGCGUCAGGGAUAGGUCACCAGUCUGGCCUCACUUCACCUGGUUUGUCGGAAGAUGCUUUCUACUACCCUCCCAGGGGCCGGUCGCCGCCUAGUCCUAUGCCAAGCAAUCUUGACGACUGCGACGCUCCCUUCCUCGGACGGAACGGUACUUGGUCGGAUCGGCGCAAUCUAGUCGAGCCUGAGGAGAGUGAAGAUGCGAUAUCCAGGGUUGAUUCAAAAACUCGGAUGAGCGAAAUCACGAGGCAGCUGGAGGGAAGUCUUAGGACGAUCGGCUCACAGAGCUGUCGGGUUUCUGCUGGUGAACAUGGUGGCGCUGGCGAAGAAACACAAUCAAUCGACCUCGAGGAGCCAUGCGUGCCAUUGAGCUCGCCCCAGAUCGUUGUUGAUGAGGCAGGAGACGAGGAUGCUCAUGAAUUUGGGCCAGAGCCAGUGGUCCCAAGAGACAAUGUCCCCGACAAGGAGACCACGAAUAUGGAUCCUACGGCAGUGCUUACCCUUCCUCUCGAGGAUGCGAAGUCCACCGACCCACGAGGAGGAUCACAAACAAUGAACCUGGCUCCAACUGGGGUCCAACGCCAAUCUGAGCAAGUGGGAUAUAUCAAAGAACGCGAAACUCCUCUACUGCACCAAGAACAUGACCAGCAGGAUGACAACUAUGCAGCAAAUUAUGCCCAUGUCGGAGGUUCGGCGUUCCCUCCAAAUAUUCCAUCAGAGCCAUCAACGAGUUUGCAGUUCCCAGCCAGCGACAGGCCAGUCUAUGAUGCGGCAGCAGAUCUGACGGGCAUUGGCACUGGUUAUGAAACUGAAGAAUUUCGAAAGUCAAUUUGCUCAGACGAGGAUCUCGGGCUUACAUCCACAACACCGGCUCCUGACGUGACAUCACAGGCGUAA